AUGGACGUCUCCGACUCAGAGAGUAGCAACGGCAACAAGGGGACGGGUGACGGCGACGACAAGAAUAAUUUCGAUCCCGCUCAGAACCUGAAGCUGAGGCCGAAGAAGGGUAUUUUGAAGACGGCAGGUGCCAGUCAAGGAGCUCGUUUCGACGAAAUGAACAUCCUUGCGACGUUGAGCCCGGCUGACAAGGAUUAUGGAUUUAUGAAAAUUGAUGAGCCUAAAACUCCUUAUACGCGGUUGAGCGAGAGUGAAAGCGAGGAAGGAACGAGCGAAGGUGUGCGGCGGGUUUCUUUGAUCGAACAAGGCGUUGAUCCACAUGAAUUAGAGGAAAGGUAUUAUUUUUUUUAUUUUCUUUAUCUAGGAGAUCGGUUGUGUGGCUGUUGCAUAUCUUUGACAGAUCAGUAA